AGCGUCCAUCCUGCCACUGCUAGCAGGGAACCCAGUGCUCGGUAUCCUGGGGCUAGAAGCUGGUUCAUUACAAGGUCCUCAGUCAUGGAAUCCGUGGCCGAACACCCUACCGCUACAUGGGACGCGAUGCCAGAUGGCAACGUAUUCUACCGCCGUUUGCAAUUGUACUCGAUUCCUGGGAAGCUUCCCAACCUGAACGACUACGUUAUUGCAGGAUGUCGCAAUGGUGGCCCAGUUGCUUUAAUGAGAGACCCGUCGAAGUUAGUAGCCAUAGGUCGUGCCGGAUCUGCGUCAUCUAGAUCGCAAAUACAAGUAUAUUCUCCCGCUGGAGAGGGGAUUCUGUUAUUCAGCUGGGACCAAGGAAAGAUCGUUCGUUUCGGAUGGACGUCUGACGAGCGACUCGUCGUGCUGAAUGAAGAAGGGACCUAUCGACUUUACGACCUGCAAGGUGAAUAUCUCCAGUUUUCACUUGGUACCGAAGCUGCGGAGAUAGGAAUCAUCGAUGCUCGCAUUCAUGAAAACGGGCUUGUAGCCCUCUCGGGAUCGCUCACGCUUUUGGAGGUCAAGGGCUGGGGAGGCGCUCGACCUCUCACACUAGCAAGUCCUGGUGUGUCCGAGCCACCACAUGCGUGGGCUGUCAUUCCACCAGACCAGAACAUAUCACGACACGUAGAAGUCCUUCUCUCUGUAGACAACACCAUCAUCGCUGUCGACAAUCUCGAAAGUGUUGAUCAACGAAUAUCCCGUGGACCGUUCACACGCAUUUCACCCUCGCCCAACGGCAGACUCUUGGGGCUGCUAAAUUCUAGCGGCCUUCUUUGGGUCGUUUCGACUGACUUUCAGCGUAGUCUGGCCGAGUUUGACACCAAAACUGCAGGUGCAGACGUUCCUGUCAGUCAAGUUGAAUGGUGCGGAAACGAUGCUAUUCUUGUUACAUGGAACAAUCUCGCAUUGCUAGUUGGUCCUUCGGGUGAUACCCUCCGGUACCUAUACUUCGGCGCUGUAUUUGCGGUCACGGAAGUCGAUAGCGUCCGUGUCAUGAGUCAGGAUGUGUGUGACCUGAUUCAAAAAGUACCUGCAUCCACUUUGUCUGUGUUCCGGCCUGGAUCGACAUCACCUUCGGCAAUCCUCUUCGACGCAUGGGAAAGUUUCACUCAACAAUCCUCGAAAGCGGACGAAAGCAUCCGAAGCAUCCGGCCAGACCUUGCUGCUGCUGUUAAUGAAUGCAUCGAUGCUGCAGGUUGUGAAUGGGAACCUUUCUGGCAGCGAAAACUCUUAAGUGCCGCAAAAUUUGGUUGGAGCUUUUUGGACUUAUACAACCCAAACGAUUUCGUUGCGAUGGGUCAGUCACUGAGAGUUCUCAACGCAGUGCACUAUUACGAAGUCGGCAUGCCAAUCACUUAUUUACAAUACCAACUUGCGUCCCCUUUACAUUUAAUCUCUCGGCUGACGUCAAGGAACUUGCAUUUGCUAGCAUUACGCAUAUCUUCUUUUCUUUCUCUCAAACCAGAUGUCGUUCUCAAGCAUUGGGCGAGCAUGAAAAUCGCACGUUCGAAGGCCAUAGCUGGAGACGAUGAGGAUCAAGAAUUGUGCAAUUUGAUUGUGGACAAAUUCGGGAAACUUGGAAAUGGGGAAGUGAGUUAUGCCGACAUAGCACGGCGUGCUUGGGAGGUCGGUCGCGGAGGCUUAGCAACAAAGCUGCUCGAUCACGAGUCAAGAGCAUCUAAUCAGGUGCCACUGUUGCUGACAAUGAAAGAAGACCGACUUGCUUUGUUGAAGGCUGUGGACAGCGGCGAUACCGAUCUUGUUUAUCACGUCUUGCUUCACCUCCAUAAACACCUCUCGCUCGGAGAUUUCUUCCGCCUUAUUGAGGAUGGUGGACAGAGUCUAGCUCCGGCAAGCAAACUACUUCAAGUAUAUGCAAGAGAACAAAACAGGGAGAUGCUUCGUGAUUUCUAUUAUAGCGACGACAGACGUGUGGAAAGCGCGGUUCUCGCUUUGGGCGAAGCUAGCCGGAUGACUGAUCAGACCGCAAUCAUUACCUCGGUCAGGGCUGCAGAGAAGUUCUUUUCAGAAGACAAGGAUCGGAGUUUUGAAGCUAAGAUGAUGGAUGAGAAUGCCCGCCUCUUGGCAGUGCAACAACAGCUCGAAAAGGAUUCACAGGGAAAUGCGAAGUUCUUUGGUUUGAGUGUCUCUGAGACGAUACGAGCAUGUAUCAUGAAUGGCAUGAGCAACAAGGCAGACCGCGUGAGGUCGGAUUUCAAGGUUCCCGACAAGCGCUUCUGGCAUAUUAAACUUCGAGCACUAAUCGCUUUGCGAGAUUUUGAGGCACUGGAAGUAUUUGCACGGUCCAAACGGAGUCCCAUAGGGUACGAAGUGUUCGUGAAGCAGCUUGUUGAAGCUGGCCACUCCAGAGAGGCAGCAAUGUAUGUCGUCAGGUGUGAUGCGCCGAAACGAGUGGAGUUGUAUGUGCUUUGUAACGAUUGGCGGGCUGCUGGGAGGGAGUGCAAGGAGAGAGGAGAUAAGAAUGGUUUAGAGCAGUUGAAGAGACGGUGCCCGAACUCACUGAUUACUCGGGAACUCGAGCAGCUAGCUGCGUCUAUGAAGUAAGUUCGGGCAGAGCGACAAUACAGCUCAUUUUCCGUUCCAGCAUGGACGGUUGCGGAGGUAGGCGAAGCUUUAGAGUGCCUAAUGUAAUCUAACUAUUUCUAAUUGAACUGGUAGUGAGCAACGCUUGUCGAUUCUUUCUAUAACCCGAUACAAUGGUGUCUUCAUUCCGCACGUACCUGUGCUAUUGCGUGAGGGGAGCAUCCUGCUAACGGGUCGAAGCACUCGAGGCAAAGACGGGAUACAGAUAGCGCUUGGAGCAUGAGUAAGCACGCUGGCUCGGACAGGUACAGAAAAGGGCGGCGACUAGGGCAGCGCUACGAAUGAAGAGUGAAACUGGU